GUCGCGUACGCAAGCCCACGCUAGUAAGCUAACAAGCCGAGUCUCGUACCAGCUUUGGCGGCUCUGCUCUUUAUCCGCUUUGCCCGCCUCGGCGCCACAUCGCUAUAUCAGCACUGCACGCGGCAGUUAAACGACGGGAAUCAUUUUCGGGACACGACAGCAAUGACGACGCUCUUUCAGAACUACGAGGAGGAGUACCGCGAAGGGGUUCGCACCAUUCAGGAUGAGGCGGCUGCGCUUCGUCAGCUGUGCGAUCGCAAGGCGGCCGCUUAUAAGGCCCCACCCGCCACUGGCACCGGCAGCCGCGUGCAGCGGGGUGCUCACCUCACCACGGUGCUCGCCCAGGUGCGGGAGCUCGUGAACAGCAUGGAGUACGAGGCGAACGACCUACCCGCGGCGCACCGGCAGACCGCCAAGGAACGCAUUGCGGAGUACCGGGCCAACCUGCGCUCCCUGGAGGAGAGCAUCGCCCGUGUGAAGGCGGACGCCAGCGCGGCGGACCGCCUCGAUUUGAUAGGAGAAGCAGAGAAAAGGAAGACGGCACCGGCGGCGGGGGAUGGCAAGGCGGUGCCAGGCGAUUUGGACGCGGAGACACGCGAUCACCGCAUGACGAUGAUGGACAACACGGCGAAAGUGAAGGACGCGUCGCACAAGCUGGUGCAGGCGGAGCGGCUGUUGAAUGACACGGAGACGGUCGGCAGCGAGGCGCUGACAAACUUGCGAAACCAGACGGAGACGAUGCAGCACAUCCAGGAGACCACCAUCGCCGUGGACGAGGAGGUCUCCGAUGCACGCAAGAUUCUCACAGGGAUGCAGCGUCUAAUGGUUAAGCACAAGUUGAUUCUGAUUGCAGUGAUCGGCAUGCUGGUUAUUCUUAUUAUCGUAGCUAUCUACGUCAGCGUCAGCAAACAUAGCCGCAAUUCCUAUACGCCACCUCCGCAGACCACCGUUGAUCCCAUUACCGUGGCCCCUUCACUGCUGUGGUAG